AUUCGUGAGGUUCUUCUAAACGUUACUGGAAUGAAACCGAAACGAUGUCGAAUAAAAUUUCUUAAUUUUGGUUUGAAAACAUGCGGCCACCAGACAACCGCCAAGUUGCGCCACCAAGAGCCGGAAAACAAUUCGAAGACGAACUCCAGCUUCAUUAUUUGGCUCCCGGUGCUUUCACUGUUUUACCCCCUGACAACAGAAGAAGGCCUGAUCCUCCACCGGCUCCGGAGCAAUAUAGGUACGUUCCGAGCCAACGCCGAAACAAAAACCAGUCUUUCGCUGUCAUAGCAGAUUCCGACAAUAGCAAACCACCAUCGAGGAGUACCUCUCCCUCUGGUCGAGUCAGCCCAUUUAGAGGUCGAGGAUUCAACGCCACCGGAUCCCGCCAUGCUUCUCCUGUACGCUCUCCUCCACCACCCCCAGAGGACGUGCGACUCAGUCCCCAAACGAUGUCACCGAGACAUACGUCCAAAAUUCCGCAGCUUAAACGAAAAGGCAGUUCUGCUGCUUUUGGUGAAAAGGUCUUCCAUCCAGACGUUUCACCGACACAGAAGAAAAUUAACAAAAGGUUGAGUCAGAGUUUGACAAACGUGAAUGGGGAGUCAACGAAACAACAACAACAGCAACAACAGCCACAACAACAGCCACAACAACAGCAAAGAGGACGGCCUCCAGCUAGUCCUAGGAAAUACACUGGGUAUGGAAAGCAGCCGGCUUUUCAGCGACUCUCACCAAUUGUUGGGAGUUCUCCUGAACCUAGUUUGGGCUCACCAUCCAGAAUCCCCAGAAGUCGAAGUACACCACCCAGUCGCCGAACUUCCCCCCAGAGAACAUCUCAAGGCCCUAAUAAACCCCCUCCAUCCAAAACAUCUCUGUUAAGGAGUCAAUCCAAAAACAAAAUAAAUACUGCCAGUAGUAGGGAUUCAAGUCCAACUAAAAACGCUGCAUCACCAACUCGAAAUCCAUCGAAGAAGUAUAGAGAUGUCCAAGCUAAAGUUAACUCUUUCAGUAAACCUAAACCAAAAGUGCUUCCUAAACCUCAAGUGUUAAGUGAACAGUCUGAAGACUCUGAUGUUCCGAAAUAUAAACGUAGUACUCCAUUAAGUCGAAAAGAGAGUGUUAGUAGAAUAAGAACUAACUCCCAAUCGAAUAUUUUGCCAAAAACACAAAAUUUUGCUAAUAAUAAUUAUAGUAGUGAUAGUUCUUCAAGUACUGUAAUCAAUAAACAAACUAAAAAUGUUAAUGUUACUAAAACAAACAAUAAUACUAAUUCAAGUGCUGCAGUUGGUGCUACAAACAUUAACAACAACAACAACAACAACAACAACAACAACAACAACAGCAAUAAUAACAAAGAAAAUAAUACCAAACUUACAACAGCAUCACCAGAAAGUACCAGUGACUCUAAUUCUAAAUCAGGCAACGUUUCAGACAAUAAAAUUGCUAAUUCAAGUACAAGUAAUCCACCACAGGAUCAUGUGAUGGAUGUGGUUCAGCAAGGGCCACCAAAAGUACCCCUUGCUGAAUCCAAACCAGAUAUUUUACCUGUAGCUUCCACAGUUGUCUCUAACACCACAACAACCGCCACUCAACCUCUAAAAAUUGACGCUAACAUCAAUAAUAAACUAUCGCAUUAUUAUGAGGAAUCUCGAGCAAUAUCUCCAAUGGUGGAUGGAAGGGUUUUGAGUGCUACAAGUGUAACGCAUGCUAUCAAUAAAAUGAACGACACUGUUUUAGAUACUCAAACUUUAAUUAAGGAUCGUGGUCUGUCAAAGUUAUCCCCUGCUGCCAGUGCUAUAAUCUCAAUGGCCAACGAAAGCAAAGUGGACAACCCAGCUUUAGAUACUAAAAACGCAACGACAGCUUUACCAAAAGUUGAGCCGUUAAGGCCAACGGAAAAUUCCAAUCAUAAGUCUAACCAUACCAACCACAUAAUGCAUGUUAUGAGUUCCAGGGAACUAGAGGAAGAAGUUCAACGACAUAUGCAUAAGCUGCUAACUCCAGAGCAUUCGCUUACUAAACCCGUGGACGACAAAACGAAGGAAGCUAGAACUGUUGUGGCGUCUGAUGUGAAACCCAUAAGGAUAACUGUCAGAGAGAAACCGUCAGAUAGUGAAGUACUUAGUGGGAAUAUCAGAAUGCCUGUAACCAAUGGAAUCAAUGAAAGGCCAGGUUUACCACCUGCCCAAGCCACUCCUCCAAAUGAACCAGAAAAAGAACCACCACCAAAAAAUGCGUGCUCCAAAUUCCUCACCAACUGUAGAACCAAAAUGUGCAGUUGCUGCAAAAAGGGUCCUAAAAAGACCUCUAAAUCUAAGACUGAUGCCGGUUGCUUCAAUUGCUUUAAGCGAAAACCAAAACCUGCUUCGAUUGUAAUUGAAAAUGAAACUCAACAGAAACCGAGGUUGCUUGAGCGAUUGAACUGUUGUAGAAAGCAAAAAGUUGGAGAUUCUUCUUCAUGUUUCCCAACAGGGCGGCGAAAAGAUAGUUGGGUGGAGAGAGCGGAAAGUUUGUCUCAUCCAGCAAGAAGCAAGUGCUCCAAGCAUUGUUGUAAAGGCUUUUUGGCAACAAUAUGUUGUUUGAAUUUAUGUCGAAAAAAGAAACCUGUUGAAAUUCCUGAUCGAAAAGAUUCCAUAAUAAGUAAGAAGAAAAGUUUGACUCCAACCACAGCUCCACCACCAGAGGAUACCCGUCCAAAAAUAGAUAUGAGUUUGGUAGAACAUUCAUCUCAUAUGAAAGCAGCUAUCCCAAUAUUACCGAUAUGUCUAGCUUGGUUUUGCCUGAUUUUAAAUUGUAUAGGACCUGGAACAGGCACUGUUAUAAGUGGAAUACUCAAUCUUUGUAUUGGCAUACCCAGAUUUUCUCAGAAGGACGGAGCUAAGUCAAGAUUUGGAGCUUUUCUAAUAAAUUUAAUUAUAGGUUUCAGCCAAUGUUUCACUGUACUAUUCUGUCUUGUUGGAUGGGGCUGGUCAAUAUGGUGGGGUAUUAUAAUGAUAAAGAUAGCAAGAAAACAUAAACGAUUCAAACAGUUAGAAGCAAUAGAAGAGGCCACUACCGUACCUGGAACAAAUGCAAAUCCUCGAACAAGGGACCCUCCGAAACGUUAAAAUAAAACAAAUUAAUAUCUCUAAUUGCUAGGGUAAAGGGCUAGUUGAAUAUGUUGAAUUGAUUAGCAAGAAAAAUAUUUGAGCUUUACUUUUUAUUUACUUCUGUGGGGGGACGGG